AUGUCCAAGAUCGUAAAAACUGUAAAAUCUGUUGGACAAGCCUUGAAAGGAGUGAAGUUGGAAAAAGAUAAACCAAAAGAUCGAAAAAAGAAGAUGAACUCUGAAUCUGACUGUGAUUCGAAGCCUUGUAACUCAAAGAAGGGCACGACUUCUAGUGAAAACGAUGAGGAACUGAAAAGUUUGGGAACUACAACUACUGGAAUGGUUAAAGAGCAUGUAGCAGAAGAUAGAGGUUCAGCAUAUGUUAAGGACGUAGUGGAAGAAAGUAACGGUUCAGAUGAAGAUGCUAGAGAUGUAAAAAUGACGGUAGAAGAAAUACAGGAUCAAAUAGAAGCCAACAGCUCCAUCUACAAAGAUGAGAGUAUUGCAUUACAAAGCGCAGAUGCUAAAAAGUUUGUUGCCAGCUUAGAAUUGCCUUUUAGUAGGUUAACUAUGGCUUCAAAUCCAAGUGACAAAUCUUAUAGUGUCAUAAGUAGCGGUCCAGGGCUGGUUUCGAUUGAAUGCGAAGGAGAAGAUGAAGACGAAUCUGUUGACUAUAGUACGGACAAUGAACAAUCUGGUGGUAAGCUACUAGAAUGGUUGAAAUCUGGAGGAAAGGAAGAAGAAACAAAGAAAGGGAAAGAAGAACCUCGAAAAGUGAAUGAAAAGAACGCUGAUAAUGUAAAAACAACUAAAAUAAGUGAAGAAAAGAGAAUUGGAAUGAGUGGAAGCGCAAGUAAGACAGUGAGUAAACCGAUCGAAUCACAAAACAUUAGAAAGUCGUCGUUCGGAGAAAGGAACGUGGAAAGACGAAUGGUAAUUUUGAGUUUUAUACCUAAAAAUAAUGUUUUGGAAAAAAAUUUUAAAUCUGUUUUUAUAUAAGAAUUUCAGUAUAUGUAAUCAGGGCCGGGCGGGGACUUUUGGUCUGGGGGCAGGGGUCCAAAAAAUCGGCACAGGUAGCUACCUGUGCCGAUUUUUUGCAAAAAUUUUUUUCCAAAAAUUCACAGGGGGGACAACGUUCAAUUUUUUUCAAAAAUUUUUUUUUCUGGGGGGGGUACCCCGCCCGUCCCCCCCCUCGCGCCCGGCCCUGUAUGUAAUGUUGGAACAUUUGGAUUUCACUAUAUAAUUUUGAGUUUAACUUCUUUAUUGUAUGUAAUUCAUAUAUUUAUUUCAGUUUCCUGCUAAACAAGUCCUCCGACCUCGUUUAACCGGUACUGCUCCAGAAUGGGAACCAGACUCUCUCAACUACUACAAAGACCGUCCAGCGCCCGGCUUCAACGCCAUGCUAACUGAAUAUCAACAAAGAUUGGCUCCACUGACUUGUACACUAUAUUUCAUGGAAGGAACGGGUACAAUGCACUAUUAUUUUGAAAAACCGGUCGAUUACUUGAUCUCAUGGACUGACAAUUGUAUAGCUACUGGGUUUGUGAAGAGAAUGGACGAUGCUACGGAUAUGGUGCCAUUAUGUAUAAGAUUCGGCGGGUAUUGGUCGAAUAAGGCGGUUAGGAGUAUGUAUGUUGGAUGUACGGUAAGAGUACGAGGUUAUUUGGAGCUGAAGGAGAGGUUUAAUGAAAAAGAAACGAUGGCUAUAUCUCCAAGAGGGUCCAGUGAAAAACCAGACUUUCUGUUUGCUGGUAAGUUAGUUUGAAAGAAUUAAAAAUUUUAAAAUUACUUCGGUUUAAAAUAUCAAUCUAUAAAUAGUACCUAACGUCAAUAAAAUUUAUGAUAGCGCCUUAACUGACCUUAUACAUGUUAACUUCAGGAGCUCCAAGACCAUCAGCAUACGCAUUGGAAUGGGCAGUAGUUCACAAGCCGAAGAUUAUACGCAGUAUUGGUAUGUUACUAGAAGAUCAAUCGUACGAAAAGAAGGGGAAACGGCAUCUGGAAGGUAUUGUCCAAGAUUUUGAAUACAAUGAACGACUAGUCGCUUGUCAUGAAAAAUGGCCUGUACCAGAAAUGAAGGCUUUACCGAUUGCACCAUGUCCGCUUAUCAUCAACUGGAUUGAGGUGUGGCUAAAUAUGGUCUGAUUUUUAAAGUAUAUGUUGGAAAAUGAGCUAUGGGACCUUUAUAAUGUCUUAUUUAUAAAAAUUUUAAUUUCGAUUUUUUGACAAAAUUUCGGCGGGAAAUUCAAAUUUUCGAUUUUUAAGUUAAAUUUUUUGGUUUUUCUGAUUUGAUUUUGUAUAAAAUAUUGUUGUAGAUAAAUGAAACGGUCAUAAUUCAUCGCUCACAACAACGCCAUAUUGUACUACCUGACUACAUUCACUACUAUCUUCGCACGAAUCAACCGGUCGAUAAAACUUAUGUGUUUGGUUGGGUUGACUUGGCUAUGAAGGAGUCUAGAGUAUUCGAUUGA